AUGGGCUGCGGCUCCUCUUCCCUCAAAGGCGAAGGCCCGAGCGGCCUAGCCAACGACCAGCCCCAACCCAUCCGCAAGGUAGCCACCAACUUCUCCACCGUCAACUACGAUGCCGACACCUCCGACAACCGCAAGCGCCGCAUGACCGAGUACGCGCCCGAAGAAACCAUCCGCAACAAGUCCGAAGUCUCUGCCACCGCCCCCGUGCCCGGAGGAGUCAACCGACCAGCCACGCAGGACGACGACAUCGGCCCCGGCGGCGAAAAGGUCGAGCUCGAACCCUACCAGACGCUCAAUUCGAAUCGGGACAGCGCUGGAUUCUCUAACACGCCGUACCCGCACGAAACCGGCGCUGCUUCCUCAUCUCGUCCCAACGGGGUGAGCGACACCGAUGAAGUGGGUGGGCCUGACCCCACGUCGCACACGGCCAAGGACAAAUUCGCCGAGGCCAACGAUCCAAUUCAGAAUCAGAAUUCCGGCGGGUUGGCGGCGCCGGAGACGGCGCAGCAGGAGCGCAAACGCAGCUGGAUCGACAAGUUGAAGGGCGGCGGUGACAAGAAGGAGAUUAGCGAUGAGGACAUGAAGAAGGUGAGUAGUGAUGUUUGA